AGAAAAAUAAAAUCCUGCUGGAUUAAUAAAAUCCUCGACUCCGGCUAGGUCGACUCCACGCCGCAGUCUCUCCGUCCCUCCCUUGUCAUAUAGCCUUUUCUCUUUUGUUUGUUUGUCUCGGCUCUACCGUCGAACGCCUUCCUUCCCACUCUCCCAUGUCUACCGUCUCUGGGAUCCAAGGCCAGAUCCUCGAGAUCACAGUGGUAGGGUGCAGCAAGUUGAGGGACACCGAGCUCUUCUCCCGGCAGGAUCCCUACGUCUGCCUCGAGUACGCCAAUUCCAAGUUCCGCACCCGCACCUGCACCGAUGGAGGCAGAAACCCCACCUUCCAAGACAAGUUCCGGAUUCCCCUCAUCGAAGGCCUCCGCGAGAUCAGCAUCAUCGUCUGGAACAGCAACACCUUCACCGCCGAUGACUUCAUUGGCAGCGGCAGGGUUCAGUUGCAGAAAGUCCUCUCUCAAGGCUACGACGACUCUUCUUGGCCAAUCCAGACGCGAAGUCCCAGGUAUGCUGGAGAAGUGAAACUCAUAAUGCAUUUCCCGAAUGCAUCAAAGAAGACUGCAGAAAGCAGCACUCCAUCUGCCCCACAUUACAACAUCCCUGCAGCACCACAUGUUCCUCCCUAUGCUCCUUCGUACCCACCGGCUGGGACUUAUCCCGGAGCUGGCGCUUACGGUUCGUAUCCUCCUCCUGAUCCUUCUCUGUAUCAGGCUUCGGCUUACCCACAGCAGCCGUGCCCGCCUGCCAUGUAUCCGCCGCAGCCAUACGUGCAGCAGUAUCCCCCUCCACCACCAACACAGCCUUACUAUCCACCAGGACCUUACCCGGGAUAUUAUCCACCACCAUACUGAUGGAAAGAAAACUGAAGUAGCAACAUGAAAAAGAGAAAAAAAAUAGCACCGAUAGAGGCCUAGUUUUGUUGUAGUUAUUUGUUGCUUCUUUUUGUUAAUUUGAUAAAACUUGUGUGGUCACUCUAGAUUCUUUUGAAUUGAAAUCCCGCCGGAGUUAUGGUUUACUUGCUGCAAA